GUAACUACCUAAAAAUGUUGUUGUUUACAUCUCCUACCAAUAGAUGGCGGUAAUUCGCCUCAACGUUUUUCGCCAAACACCAUUCAAUACAAAGAUGAAAAAGGCCAGGAAGUGAUUCAGGUUUGAGUUGGGAUUGGUUUGUCGUGAUGUGCCCUCGACCUCGCUAAUCCGAGAGCACCGUGGGCUGCCGCUAUGGAGGAGCGAAAGCUGAAGAGAAAGAGCCCUCGGACCCCCACAGCCACAGCCCCAGCAUCAGCAGCGGCGCCGGCGGCAGCUACGGUGAUAGCGCCGACAGCCACAACAGCGUCUGGCCGGAAACACAGUGCUUCCACCGGUGGGAAACAUGUCGGCUACAGUCAUGGCACGGGGUCUCAUUCCAGCCAGAAGAAUAAAAAUAGAAGGGGAGUUCGUGACAAAUCUAAGUAUCAGAUGGGGUCCGGUGUUCGACCCAGCCCAAAUCAGAACCAGACAGCUCCCAUAAUCCAGCAUUCGUUCUUGACUGAUGUCUCUGACGUCCAGGAGAUGGAGAAUGGACUUCUCAGCCUACUCAAUGACUUCCACUCUGGGAAAUUGCAAGCGUUUGGUAAUGAGUGUUCCAUUGAGCAGAUGGAACAUGUGCGGGAGAUGCAGGAGAAGCUGGCCCGCUUGCACUUUGACAUUUACAGCGAGGAGGAAGAGAUGCAAGAGGAACAGAGUAAAACAGCACGGGACACCAACAUGGACAAGUUGCUUCUAAAUCUGGAGGAGCUAAGUUCAUCUAUACAGAAACUGAAUCUGACCGACAGCCAAGAGAUUCCAAAGUCUGCCAGCGUGUGACUGCCUUUCCGCCACAGUCACUGGAGGAAACAUAGUUGUUGCCAAUGAAAUGCAAAAGCAAAUUUUAAUACACGUAAUGUGGGGGCCGCAUCCUAAUUUAACGAAACAAUAAGGUCCGAGUAGUUUAGGAACUAAUAUUUACUGUCUCAUUUAACUGAUCACCAGCAUCUGUUUGCUGUUACAGUGUCCUGUAGAGGAAGCUCUACAUUCUAACCAAAGUGAUUUGAAUUAACUUGACAAUAGAUUGUGUGGAUGAAAACAAUAUUAUAGCACUCUGUUGCACUUUAUAUUAGCAGUGAAUUGGUGUAAAAUCAAAACAAUUUAUCAAUGCAUAAAAAGUGUUUUUAUCCCCUUUCUGUAUCAGGACAAAAUGGUUCGUGUCCACAUAUACAGUGGCUCAAAUUGGCAUUUAACACAUCAGCAUUUUUAUCACGAAAUAUACUUCCAAAGGUGCUACUGACAAGAUGUUGGGAACAGCUCAAGUAAUCAUACAUGCAGAGAAAGUAGAACAAUGACAAAAAAAUGAAAUGACAGGAGAAAAGUAGCGAAUGCAUGAAGAAAGGAGGUGCAAAAAGGCAUAAAAAGCCAAGACAACUAAAAUCCAACAAUAAUCAAAACCGCAAUCCAGUCCCUUGUCAGUGCAAAUGAAUAUCAGCUUGUCCAGUUUUAAUUGACGGAGGUGGUUUGAGUCGAAACACAUCUCAUGAUGCAUAAGAGCAGCGAGCUGUCUCAAGACCAUAGCAAACUAAUUGUUACCAAACAUUAUGAUGCCUUUGGUUACAGACACAUCACUGAGCUUCUGAAAUUUCUAGUGAAUGGAAAGCCAAUCAUACCACCAGAUAUGUGCCUCAAUCAGGUGCUCCUCACAGGUUUUCUGACAGAAUAGGGCAAAGAAUAAUCAGAAGAAUUGUCCAGGAGCCAAGGACCACCUGUGCAGACCUUCAAAAGGACCUGGAAUUUGCAGGUACUGUUAUCACAAG